AUGAUUUUAGUGUUAUUUUUGAGUGUGCUGGUUGUUGGACAAUUUCCGGAGUGUCGCGGAACCGUUUGCAAAAAGCUUUUUGAGGAAGUCAAAGCGAAAAUAGCGGAAUAUAACCAACAAUACACGGCGUUGGAGGAAGAGGGGAGAGCUUAUAUGGUUCAGUACGACAACGAAAAGUCGGACCUUCAACUGGUCCGCGAUGCACAAGCGCGACAAAAAAUACGAGAGAUGACACAACAGUUAAUGUCAAAGUACAAGGAAUUACCUGCUAAAAAGAACCAAAUUCUUAAAGAAGUUGUAAGAGCACUAAGACCAUUAACUCCUGCUUUACAGGGACAACUUUUAAGAAACACUGGACUCUUCUAUAAAUUCGCACCAGAGUAUAACUCAGACGUCGCCCGUUAUAUCAAAAUAUUCAAUAACCUCCAACAAAUCAACCCACAACAAGCAAAAGAAGAACAACUCGAACAACAAAAGGAGGAACAAAUGGCGAAACAAGCGUUGCACGGAAAACAGAAUGAAGAAGCUUGA